AUUUAAGGAGUGCCCGCCCUUCCUAAAAUUCUCGCAGAAGGCUAAUAGCCGUUCAGAGUUUCUCUUCUCAUUCGCUCUGUAAAUUAACAGGUUGAGCAGAAAGGGGAUUGGUUGUGACCGGUGGUGAAAUCGAGAGGGAAGUCGGUGGAAGAAAUGGCCGGGGUAGAGGCUGGGCGAAGGGAUUAUGACGCCGGAGCGAAAUCAGGCGAAGUCGGAAAGGUUGUUUCCGACGAUCACAUGCCUGUUCAGAUACCGGACACCGCACAUCAGAUUAGCAAUGAUUCAUGGUUUCAAGUGGCGUUUGUUCUUACAACGGGGGUAAAUAGUGCCUACGUUCUCGGGUAUCCCGGCACUGUCAUGGUUCCAUUGGGUUGGGUAGGCGGCGCAAUUGGGCUUGUUCUAGCAACUUUAGUGUCUUUAUAUGCAAACAUGCUAGUAGCCAAGCUCCAUGAACAUGGAGGAAAGAGGCAUAUCCGAUACAGGGACCUUGCAGGGUACAUAUACGGUGGAAAAGCCUACCAUAUUACCUGGGGACUGCAGUAUGUGAAUCUUUAUUUGAUCAAUGUUGGAUUUAUCAUUUUAGCUGGACAUUCACUAAAGGCUGUUUAUUCCCUUUUCCGACAAGACAAUGAACUGAAGCUUCCAUACUUCAUCGCAAUCGCUGGAGUCGCUUGUGGUUUGUUUGCCAUUUCAAUUCCUCAUUUGUCCGCUAUGCGCAUUUGGCUGGGAUUUUCGACGCUUUUUAGCCUGCUUUACAUUGUUAUUGGAUUUGCUCUAUCCAUGAAAAAUGGUAUCGAAACUCCCCCGAGAGAUUACACCAUUCAUGGUUCGAAAUCCGACAAGAUUUUCUCCUCUAUCGGUGCAACUGCUAAUCUUGUCUUCUCCUUCAACACUGGAAUGCUUCCAGAAAUUCAGGCGACGGUGAGGCAACCGGUGGUCGGGAACACGCUAAAGGCGCUCUACUUUCAGUUCUCAGCCGGGGUUGUGCCGAUGUAUGCAAUAAUCUUCGCCGGCUACUGGGCAUACGGAUCAAACACGUCCGAAUACUUGCUCAAGGACCUCCAUGGUCCGAUCUGGCUGAAGACCGUGGCGAACAUCGCCGCGUUCUUACAAUCCGUCAUCUCAUUACACAUUUUCGCUAGCCCGAUGUACGAGUACCUCGACACCCGAUUCGAAAUCAAGGGCAGCGCUCUCGCCGUACGCAACCUGACGUUCCGUGUUUUGGUCAGGGGCGGGUACAUCGCCGUCACCGCAUUCGUCUCCGCCAUGCUGCCGUUCCUCGGCGAUUUCAUGACGUUGACGGGUGCGAUCAGUACGUUCCCGUUAACGUUCAUUCUCGCGAACCACAUGUACCUCGUCGCGAAAGGCGACAAGCUCUCGCCGGUCCAGAAGACCUGGCACUGGCUUAACGUCAUCUUCUUCGGUUCUCUGGCGGCUGCGACUGCCGUCGCCGCUGUCAGAGAGAUCGGAAAAGAUUCGCGGACGUUUAAUCUUUUCGCCGAUAUAUAAGUUUGUUUAGCGUUUCGGAGUUUUAGAUCGGUUCAGGAUAAUAACUGAUAGGGAAAAUUGAAGGGAAGUAUUUAUUGCAUAACACUUAUCCAUUGUAAAGCAGAGGGCAACAAAUGCAGCUGCUGUAUUCUUAUAAUGUCUCCUUUCUGACCUUGUAAUGUUUCUGUUCUCUCCGAAGAACCACAGCUUUUCGACUCGCGAAAAAUGGUUCGUUUGAUCGUUCGACUGAUCGAUCGAUCUCUGUGCUGCGCCGAUCUAUAGUUUUUGUCGUGCGCAGCGCGCUGUCUGUGUGUCGAAUAUUCGUCGAAACUCGGCGUAGAGUGUCUGCUUGUGUUCGUUAUAGAUUUGCUUGCAGGAAGAAUGGAGUUGGUCUGAAUCUGGGACACCAUGAAUUGAGCAGGUUCAAGAAAUAUAUGUAAUAAAUUUGGUUGUGUUAUUUUUUGAAUUUGUGUGGAUUUAGUAUGGAAGAUUCGAUAUAUUUGUCGGAAUAUUACCUUAGUAUCGACGUUAAAUUGUUUA